GGGUUUGAUGGUCCAUGCCGGCUCAGACCUUCUCUUUCUCUCUAUAUAUAUAAGAACUAGAACCCUUCUUUCCCCUGAAUAUUUCUUCAAGCAAAGCAAUCUCCGUUCAAACGAAAAACAAACAACAUACAAAUUAAAAUGAAGAUGACGAUGAUGUCCAGUGGUGGAAGCUCCAAGAGAAGGCUUUCAUCAUCUCCAAGUAGAGGAUUUGGAGGAGUUCUUAGAGAGCAAAGGGCUAAGCUUUACAUUAUUAGAAGAUGUGUUGUUAUGCUUCUUUGUUGGCAUGAUUAGAUGGUGUUAUUGAAGAUAUCAUCAACAAAAACACAAUAGGUUUUUUUUUCUAAUUAUUGUUUCUAUUCAAUUAUUUUGGAGUGUAAAUAGAGGGUAGCUAGGAAGAGAAGGAUAUGGAUGGAAGAGUUUUUUUUUUUUUUUUUGUUUUUCUUUCUCUUUUUUGACAGAUUUUUGGUAGAUUUUAUUUGGCCUUGUUCUGGGUCACAAUAUGUGUAAAAAUUAAAGAGAAAAAGGAAACUCGAUCUUAAUUAUCAACUUUGGAUCUACUUUUUGAUUUCA